AUGCAGCAGGAGGAUCGCCCCAAGGCUGAUUUGCGCAGGCUGAUGGGCCGCCGUCGUGGAAAUGACUCGGGGAGGUGGGCUGUGGAGAGAGCCGAUUCGGAGCUCUUAGACGAUGACCGUACCCAAUCAGCAAUCAGCAAUCAGCAUCCUUCAGGAAUUAGAAUUCCUUCAUUAACGACGAAUUCCGUCAAAAGGUCCAAAGAAUCCAACACAAUCUCCUCGUGCAGAUCUGCCCGGCAGGAGGCCAGGUUCGAGCCGUGGCAACCUUGCAAGGCCGCGACAGAGGACUACGUACAAUUAUUAAUGGGUCUCGACAGGCGGCGCCUGACCGUGGGUGCCGUGUGGCCUGCUGGUGUUCGUAUGCAACCUCACUUUGGCGUCAAACUCAGCAAUUUUGGUCGUCGUUCCCUCGUUCCUACCCUAUUGCCCUCAGUCUCGCUGCUUAUCCAUGAUCGACGCGUCGUAUCAUCGUCCUUGGGCGAUCAAGACAAACAAGGGGGGAAGACUGUUCUUGGAAUGGAAGUGCCUCCGUUCCCAUCAUCAUCAACCAAGCCUCUGGAGCCCGGUGGCAGCUCCGGCUUGGGCUCGGGCCAGGCUUGGCGAGGCCACCAGGAAGGGAAUCUGGGAACGAUUUCCAUCCGCUGCAUCCUUCGCUUGGGGGCCAAGUCACUUCGCGACCAGCCUGCAGCCUUCGUGAGCGAACCGGAGAUUAUCAUCGAGUGGAAACGAUAA